GAGCCCGAUGCCAGUGGGAGGUUGGAACUCGCCCGCGGUGUUGCACAAGCCGGAGCCCCGGGAGGAUCCUCCGGCCGGGUUUGAGCUGCUUGCGACAUCGGGUGGUUCUUAAAUUUCUUUUAAAAUGGAGCCUGGCUUUUGCUCUCUCCCCCCUCGGGAGGUAAUUUUAACCGAGGGAGGCUGGCGCCGGCGAUGGAGCACCGAGGGACGGACGGACGGACGGCUGCCUCCCCGCAGGGGAAGAGAGGACGGCCGCGUAGAUCCCGCCGAGCUGCCGCCUGCCCCGCCUGGACCGAGAGGACGGGCCGCCGGGAUGGGUGGAUCCAAGGCACUGGAGGUUCCCCAAGUGACCAGCCACGAUGAGAGCUCCGGCCCCUGCCUGAUCCCUUGCCUGCUGAUAAAAAUGAUCAACAAGUCUCGAGGGAAGAUACUCGGGGUGCUGGCGCUGUUUCUGGUGAUGGUUUGGUACUCGAUCUACCGGGAAGACAGGUACACACAGCUCUUUUAUUUCCCCGUGCAAGAAAACAACAAGACAACGUGUCCCCUUGGGGAGGUGGAAAAGAAAGCGGCGCAGCUCAUCGGGAACUACACGAGGGACCACCCGCUGUUCUUGCAGCUGAAGGACUAUUUUUGGGUGAAGACGCCGUCGCUCUACGAGCUGCCCUACGGCACCAAGGGAAGUGAAGACGUCCUGCUGCGCCUGCUGUCCAUCACCCACUACUCCCUGCCCGAGAGCAUCCAGAGCCUCAAGUGCCGGAGGUGUGCCGUGGUGGGCAACGGCCACCGGCUCCGCAACAGCUCCAUGGGGGACACCAUCAACACCUACGACGUGGUGAUCAGGCUGAACAACGCCCCGGUGCAUGGCUAUGAGCAGGACGUGGGCUCCAAGACCACCAUGCGCCUCUUCUACCCCGAGUCAGCCCACUUCGACCCCCGGGCCGAGAACAACCCCGACACGCUGCUGGUGCUCGUGCCCUUCAAGCCCAUGGACUUCCAGUGGAUGGAGGCCAUCCUUAACGACAAGAAGAGGGUUCGGAAAGGGUUUUGGAAACAGCCCCCAUUGAUCUGGGAUGCCAACCCGGAGCAAGUGCGCGUCCUCAAUCCGUACUACAUGGAAGUAACUGCUGCUAAACUGCUCAACCUCCCCAUGAAGCAACCACGGAAGAUCAAACAGAAGCCCACCACAGGGCUGCUGGCCAUCACCUUGGCACUGCACUUCUGUGACCUGGUGCACAUCGCGGGCUUUGGCUACCCCGAUUCGGCCAACAAGAAGCAAACCAUCCACUACUACGAACAGAUCACGCUCAAGUCCAUGGCUGCGUCGGAGCACAACGUGUCCCACGAGGCCGUGGCCAUCAAGCGGAUGCUGGAGCUGGGACUCAUCAGGAACCUCACCUACUUCUGAGGGCGGUGGGGCCGUGCAGGGACACCGUCCCCAGGGCGAGGAGACACCGUCCCCAGGGCGAGGAGACACCGUCCCCUUCAGCGAGGAGACACCGUCCUGUGCAGCGAGGGGACACCAUCCCCUUCAGCGAGGGGACACCGUCCUGUGCAGCGAGGGGACACCGUCCCCUUCAGCGAGGGGACGCUGUGCCGGCAUGGCUGGAGUGACGAGGGCAGAGCAUCGUUGUCACCGCCGCCACCACGGCCUGGGACUCCUGGAGCAGGGCCGGGCUGGGGGCCGCGCUGGACCGCGGGUGCCGGGGUGGGGCAGCUCUGGGGGUGCAGGGGGCCCGGCGGGGCCGUGGCCCAGCGCCUUUUCUACUGACGCACUGAAGCUACCGAGGACUUGGAGGGGGUUUUUGGGGUAGGGGGUCCUCCCUCCCAGCGGGCCUGAGGGGGUGAGCCAGGGCAGGAGCCCUUGCCCUGGACGUUCUCUUUCCCUUAAUUCCCUCAUACACUGACGAGGGCCCUGCUGAGGGGCUGAUUUUGGGGUCCUAGCCCCUCCCCGCCCAGGGAAUGGGAGUCUUUGGAGGCUAAUGUUGCCUCCUCCCUGCCCUGGACCUCCUCCCAAAUAUUUAAUUACCUCCCCUUUUUUUUUUUUAUUUCCUUUUUUACUUGGCGGCCCUGUCCUGUGCCUUAGCGCUGGCGUAGGGACUCGUCCCCACAGCCCCCCUGGGUGGGGGCACCCUGAGGUGCUUGGCUUCAGGGUCUGCCAGGGCCCUUUGGUGGUGCAGAUUAAUUUAAUUAAUUUAAAUGCUUAUUUAUGGUGGAGCCAUCACCCAGGGCCCGCAUGCCACUGGUGUCAGGGACAAGGGGCCUUGGGUGGGCUGGUGUUUGCUUGGCUCCAGGGGUGGGCAUUUGGGAUGUCCCCCAACCAUGGAGGGGUUGACUGGUGCCUUCUCCCUGCUGGUGUAGGGUCCCCUCUGCCCCCGUGGGGCUGCAGGUGUUGGGGGGACCCAUGGAUGGGGGUGUUGGGGCUCAUUCUGGCACCCAAUAAAGUCCUGGUGAGGCUGGGA